AUGUCUGGUUAUUUGGAAGUGAAAUAUCCGUUUAAAUCAAACCUCGGUCUUAAUCCUUUCAAGUCUUGGAAAAAACAAUGGUGCAUUUUGAGACCUAGUGUGACCUGCAAAGGGGGUGGGUCACUAGUUGUAUAUUGUAGUGAGGCGGGAGCGCCUGCAGGAACAGUAGAGUUGCCCUCGGGUUGCUUAGUAAAAAGAGCCAAAUCCCGCACGCGACCUCAUGCCUUUGCAGUAUUCACCCUUGAAGCACCGUCAAAACCUCGAAUUCUUCUUGCCGCUCAAAGCCAUCAAGAAACUCAAAUAUGGAUGGAUAAAAUUCGUGAUUUAUUAAAUAAUGACAAAAUGAGAGGCUCAGAAUCAUUACUCAAAGACUCAUAUCCUGUAACUGUGAUUGCUACGGAAUUGUCUAGAAAAUGUGGCUUAAUGACUGACAGUGUGCUCACACUAUCUACAUCGGGCUUGGUAGUUUCUCACAAUACAGCCAGCACAAAAAUAGACUGGCAACACAUUAUUGAUGUACUCUUGAUCAGAAAAAAUGGAGACAAGAAUAGAAAUUGCAUCAUUAGUAUAAAUAGUGGUUUUUCUCAAGGCAGUGGUGAAAUGACAUUUUGUACACCGUUAGCGAGUGAACUAGUCAGUGCUGUCCGUCAAGCGCUUUCGGCUCGUCACAAGAAACUUAGCCGAAGCGAUGGAGACUUGAGAAGAGAUGACAUAGGUGAAAUUCGCCGCAGCAGCUGGUACAGCGGACCAUCGGAGGUUUCUCUGGAUGACACAGAUCUCAGUAUGACUAAGGAAUAUCAACAAAUGCACAAUGGUGACUUAUCUCAGUUGUCUGAGAUUCCCUGUGAAGAUAAACAAACACCUCUCUCCCCUGAAAACAGUGUGUGGUCCCGUCGCUCCACCGUAUCAAUAGUAUCGGUCGCUUCGGGCGUCUAUGAGGAAAUUCCCGAAGAAUGGGCGGGCUCGUGCGUAGAUCACACGUACGAGUCCGUCGAGUGCGUAUACGGAACGAUGAGACGGGCGGGUAGACGCGGCGCACCUCCCCUGCCCCCGAGACAUAACUUUGGUACAAUGAAGCUUUCUGAUUGGAAAAGCGCUAAUUCGAGCAGCCCCGGUCGCGAUGGAGUGACGCGUCAUAGCUCGUUGGGCUCAUUGCAGCACUGUGCAAAACCACACCGUUAUAAGCAGACCUUCAGUGUCUUUCGGAAAAGGCUAAAAAGCGACUCCCGCGUCACCUCCCCAAAAUCCGAGAAAGAGACAAAAGACGUUGAAACAAAAAAGAAAAGAUUCGAUUUCACACCAACAAGAGACAUAUUCAAAAGCUUCAAAGUGAACAGAAAGAUGAAGAAUCUGAAAAUAACCGGGAAUCUAUCGAAGGGCGAGACAAAAAGUUGCGAAUUUUUGGACGAAACGGAGCACGUGUCGACGAAUCGUUGCUCGAAAUCCGUCGAAUGUAUCGAGAAGUUUGACGAUUUCGAUGUUUCAAUCGAGAUUAACGAAACCAACGUCUCGGCGCUCGCGCUACCAGAGGAGAUUGUGAAGUUAAUAUUUACUGAGAAAAUUCUCGGAAAUUUUGAGAAUGAAAGCGAAUAUAUGCCCAUGUCGCCCGUUCAGCCUCCGCCCAUGGAGCAGCAUUAUAUCGUUAUGUCGCCCAAGACUAAAAUUGCUUAA